CUACUAGCGCGUGCGUCCGUGUUCGACACAAGCGAUGUUCGAUUGUUUUGGACUGCAGACAAGAUGGCCGCGGAUUGUCAACCGUAAUAAUUCUCACAUACUUUGUUAUUUUCAAAUGAUAUUAGCUAAUAUUUGAAAGUUCCCGACAGACAUGGGUUUAUCACAGAGUUCAGAAGUAUCCGAAGGAGGAACGUAUGGAUACCAUGUGCACGGCGUGCAGCCGAGUUCCCCUGCAGAAAAGGCUGGGCUGCAGCCCUUCUUUGACUUCAUUCUGUCUCUGGACCACAAAAGACUUAAUGAGGAAAAUGACCUGCUGAAGGAGCUUCUGAAAGCCAACGUGGAGAGACCAGUGCAGAUGGAGGUGUACAGCACUAAAACCACAUGUGUUCGUGAGCUGGAGGUGUUGCCCAGUAACAUGUGGGGAGGACAGGGCCUGCUAGGUGCCAGUGUUCGCUUCUGCAGCUACCAAGGAGCCACUGAGAAUGUGUGGCACGUUCUGGAUGUGGAAGCUAGUUCACCUGCUGCACUGGCAGGGCUUCAGCCAUAUAGUGACUACAUUGUUGGAGCAGAUCAAGUGUUGCAGGAUUCAGAGGACUUCUUCUCGCUGAUUGAGGCCCAUGAAGGGAAGCCCCUGAAGCUGCUGGUGUACAACAUACAAACAGAUGCCUGCAGAGAGGUGGUGGUCACACCAAAUGGAGCGUGGGGCGGAGAGGGCAGGUACAUGACAAUACACAGAUACAUAAGUUUGGGUUGUGGCAUUGGUUAUGGCUACUUGCACCGAAUCCCAGCACAUCCUGACGUAUCGACGGCAAAGCCUUCCACCCCUGUUCCUGAGGAGGAACCCUCUCCAAAGCUGCCUGCUCAUGGAUUCACUGAGGCACCUUUGAUGGCACCUUCAAGCCAAAGUGAAGAUGUGUUAGACCUGGAGCAGGUCACCUUCCAGGAAGCUCCUCUACCUCCACCCAUCCAGAGAGUCAUGGACCCUGGUUUCUCUGACUCUGAAGUGGCAGUGAUGAACCCUGACCCUGCGGAUUUGGUGGACAGACUGGAUCUGUCCAUGUCGUCCAUCGACAUGACCAACACUUCACUGACUAUGCAUGAGGAGAAGGACGGUGAAAUCUCUGGUGUUGAGGAGCUGGAGGACAGUGUGCUGCUUUCAUCAUCAGCAGACAACCAGGCUGACCCACAAGAGCUGAGCUCCCAGGCAGCCAUGGACCUCACUUCUGCUCUCGCUUCCACCGACACUUUGUCAGAUUCAGGCGUCGCACCAGCUGAACCAUCUCACCUGGUCACAGAGUCCACAGACCUACCUGGCUCUCUGUGUGAGUCUAGCGAUAGCCCAAGUCCACCUCCUAUGGGUGCGUUGUCUCUCCCUGAGUCCUUAGAGCCUCCUGCUGAGCCCACUGUCCCAGCUGAAGACCCUCCCUACCCAUCUCCUGUUGAUCUCCUCCAAUCCUCUGCUGUUAAUGAGCCGAUGGCAGACGAGUCUCCCUCUCAGGCUGUCGAGGAUGCAACAGGGCCAGUGGAGGAGCCAGCAGAGCCCCUAGAUAUGGCUCCUGCUCUCCACUGCAGCCAUGAGAGUGAUGAGGAGGAACCAGAAGAGCCACCUCUUGAGUAAGCUUGCAUCAGGCCAUACACAGAGUACAAAAAUGUAAAGUGAAGUUGACAAUCACUUUUUAAAGAAACACUAUAUAGGAAAUACAGGACAGACCGAGGGAAAAGAUAUCUAAUUUGAUAUUGAUAUUUGUUAUUGACUCUUUGUAUGGCUCCUUCAUCAGGUUAGUUACACAGUUAUACAGAAACCAGCUAAAGCAUUAGGAUAUAAGUAGAAAAACACUUAGAGGCACCGUAGGAACAUCCUAUUUGUUUUAUAUGUGAGAAUUUAAAGUUACUGCUCAUUUGUAUGCCAAGAGGCUGAAAUAUGAUCAACAUGUUUCCUUGCUUGGUGCAAAACUAGAUUAUACGGGUGACGAGUCUUUGCCUCUGAUACAGUAAUGUGAUGAAUACUUGAACACUUCCAAAGAUAAACACAUACAUUUACUACAGCAAAGCUGCACCUUCAUAUUCAUAACACUAUCAGAAGUUUUUGAAGCUACCAGACUGUUGGCAGUUCAGUUGAGUUGUUACAGUCCUGUGGUGCAGUGUUACAUCUGUUGUCGAUGUGUUUCAAAGAAGCAAAUAAUGAUUCCUACAUUUCAGCUUUUAAAAAUAGCCUACUUAUAAGAUUAUAAGGGGAACUUUUACAAUAGUUCAUGGCCCAUGUAUUGGAUUUUAAAGUCUGAAAUAUUUGUCCACUUGUACUGUGUGAAACCAGUCAGUGCAGUUUUACACCAGAUUUGAUGGUCAGUAUGUUUUAAACACUCUUUAAUUUGAUUUAUUCAGCCAUGCAGUCUGUGAUCUGUUUGAAAACGAUUUUUACUGCUUGUAUCGCUGGAAUUAUGUCCACGUCUCAUUCAACACUGCCCUUCCUUUGUAAUUUUUGUGAUCUAUGCAACAGUAGACGAAUAGUGCCUGUGACUUGACUGGUAAUGCGUAAAUCCAAUAGGUGACAGACCUUUCAUAUACAGUAUGUAAAUUGUCUGGUAACAGUGAUGAUGCUGCUGUUCAGUAAUUGUUUUGUUUUUCUAGGGGGCUUCUUAAUGUUUUUCACAGUCAAUGUAGGUGCUAGUGUGUAAAAUAAGGAAAAGUAUUUUUGCAGAUAUUUUAUCAAUUAAUUGUAUGUUUUAUUAGGAAUGAGUGCAGAGUAUUUUGAUGAAUGUGAAAUGGGUGAAUCUUUGAUGGUUAAACAAUCAUAUCACUUGACUUAAA